CAUCUCUUUUUUCUUCUCCCCUCUCCAAACACUACUUUGCAUCCACCAAACCACACUCAAUUCCAACCAUGAGCAACAAGGACAACUUCGAGGACGAGGGCGCUGCCGCAGAGGUGCCUGCUGAGCAAAAGGACUCGUUCCGUUCCUUUAUCUCGACAUUGGCCCAGUUCUCGGGCGAUCUCUCCAGUUUGACUUGCCCCAGCUUCCUGUUAAGCUCCGUCAGCCUGCUUGAAUACAGCCAAUAUUGGGGCGACCAUCCCAAGUUGUUUGCAUCCAUCUCCAAGGGCAAGACUCCUGAGGAGCGCCUGCUGAAUGCCACUCGCUGGUUUAUCUCGACCCUUUACGGAUCUUACACCUCUCGAUCAACGUCUGCUGGCAUGGAAAAGAAGCCCUACAACCCAAUCCUCGGCGAGCAAUACUUUGCUCAAUGGACUGGUGACGAGGAGACUGGCGAUACCGUUUUGAAGGCAGAGCAAGUCAGCCAUCACCCUCCUAUCAUGGGAUUCCAUCUCGAGAACAAGAAGGCUGGUGUCAUCUUAGAGGGACACUGCGGUCAGAAAUCGCGCUUCGCUAUGCCUGCAGGAAUCGAUGUGUCGCAAACAGGCCAUGCGAUCCUAACCUUGCCUGAGUUCAAAGAGCACUACCUCAUUACGCUGCCUUCGCUCAACAUCCGUGGCAUGGUCACUGCACGCCCAUUUGUGGAGCUGUCGGGAACCACCUACAUCGUGAGCAGUGCAGGAUUGUUGACCACGAUUGACUACAGCACUAGAGGCUACUUUUCUGGUGAGCGUCACAGUUUCAAGGCGACAUUGAAGCCCAUCAACGGAGGCAGUGCCUUCUACACUGCCCAGGGCUUGUGGAGCGGUGUGUCGAACUUUACCGAUGUCAAGAAGAACGAGACUACCCUAUUCUUUGAUUCGGACUCGGACAAGAGCGUCCCACCCGAGAUCAAACCCGUACCGGAGCAGGGCCCGUUGGAGUCACACCAGCUGUGGUCGAGCGUCACGAACGCGAUCAACGCCAAGGAUUUUGCAGCUGCCUCUAAAGAAAAGUCGCAGAUCGAGGAAGCACAGCGAGUGUUGGCCAAGACCCGCAAGGAGAAGGGCGAGACGCAGGCAGAUGCACUUCUGGUGUUUGAACUGAUUACCUCUCAUGAGGAUACCAACGAAUAA